GCCACAGUUUAAAUGACACUGCCUCUGCCUCUUCGGACGAACAGGUCCUCCGGAGAGCACCAGCCACAGCAACUGUCCACCCUUGCAAAAGACAUUUUCAUCAUGGCAUAUAAAGCAGCACAUUUGGCCUUUAAGUCGCGUUGGCACAAGACAGAUGAAGAACUCUGUCGGCACAGUAUGUCCUUCAUCUUGCAUAAGGCAAUCCGAAAUGACUUCUUUCAGAGUUACCUUUAUCUGCUGGAAAAGCUUCCCCUGGUGAAACUUUACGCUUUGACAAGUCAAGUUAUCAAUGGGGAGAUGCAGUUCUACGCCAGGGCCAAACACUUCUACCGGGAGGUGCCAGCCACAGAAGAGGGCAUGAUGGGAGACUACAUUGAGCUCUCCAAUACAGACAUUGAAUCCUCCAGGGAGUUUCUCAGGAAGUUUGUUGGGGGUGUGGGGAAAGCUGGCACCAACCGUGCCCUGGACUGCGGCUCUGGCAUAGGUCGUAUCAGCAAACAUGUCCUGUUACCGGUUUUCAAGAGCGUGGAGCUAGUGGAUAUGAUGGAGAAUUUUCUGGCUGAGGUCCCGAACUACCUGCAGGACAAGGAGGACAGAGUAGAGAUGUAUUAUUGCAAAAGCCUCCAGGAAUUCACUCCAGCCCCGCAAAGAUAUGAUGUCAUCUGGAUUCAGUGGGUUUCAGGAUAUCUGACAGAUAAAGAUCUCCUGGAGUUUCUCAUCCGGUGCCAGAAUGGCUUGAAGGCUAAUGGUGUUAUCAUUCUCAAGGACAAUGUAGCCAGGGAGGGCUGUAUCCUGGAUUGUCUGGAUAGUAGUGUGAUCCGAGACCUGAACAUCCUCCACAGCCUCAUUGAAAUGAGCGGACUCACCAUCCUACGAGAGGAGAGGCAGGAGGGAUUCCCUGAGCAGUGUGUCCCUGUCUGGAUGUUGGCCAUGCAGAAAGGCCCUGGCCAUUCCUGAUUGCAUAGUGAGACUGGCAGAGACUGGACUAUGGAUGAACUGCAGGACUGGGCAGGAGAGAAGCAUCUAUUAGAAUCCUCCUAACCAUGCACUACUACUACUACAGCUCUAGGGCAGGCAUUCCCAAAGGGCUGGGAGAGAAUCACAAUUGAGCCAGCUUCUCCAGGGAAUAAAUAGUCUGCUUGUAAAUCCUGCCUGCUUCAUCAUUCUCUCCAUUUUUAAAAGCUUUUCUAACAGCUCCUUGUCAGAUCAACUCCUUUGGUUAAGGAGUCAAUACUGGACAAAACUCAACUAAUAGAAAAAUAAUUAGGUCCAAGGUUUCUGUAGUGGCUAAUACAUUUUGGAGUGUUCUGUA